UUCAGUGAGAAAAAUAAAAAUUUAGAAACAGUAAUCGAAACUAAUGAAAGCAAUACAACAACCGAAACCAAACACACUCACCGCUACCAACUGCUGAUCAACCAUUGAAGGAAGAAGAAGGAAGUAUUGAGACUGAGAGGGACUUCUCCUCCGCCAUUUUUGUUAAUUCUUCAAGCAAACUCUUCUCUCUUUCACAGAUCUCUCUCUCUCUCUCUCUGUGAUUGUGAUUUGGUUUCGUUUUCUUAGUAAUAUUUAUGACCAUGUCAUUUGGAUCACUGCUCUCUGCCUAUCUUGCUUGACCCCUUCCUCAUCCCUCUGGUUUUUCGAUCAGAAAUAUGGUGAUACAGGGGCCAGUUACGCCUGGACAGGUGUCCUUUCUGCUUGGAAUUAUCCCAGUUUUUGUUGCAUGGAUAUAUUCAGAGUUCCUAGACUACAAGAAAUCUUCAUCUCCUUCUAAAGUCCAUUCAGACAAUAAUCUGCUUGAGUUGGAAAAGGAGACAAGCAGAGAAGAUAAUCGGGCUGUUUUGCUUGAAGGAGGUCUUACAAGAACAGUAUCUGCCAAAUUUCACAGCUCAUCUGUCAAACUGAACUUAAUCAGGUUUAUUACUAUGGACGAUUCCUUCUUGCUAGAAAAUCGACCAACUUUGAGAGCAAUGUCUGAGUUUGGGAUGAUUCUGAUUUAUUUCUAUAUCUGUGAUCGCACAAACUUGCUGGGAGACUCCACCAAGAAAUAUGAUCGCGACCUUUUCCUCUUCCUCUACUCUCUUCUCAUUAUAGUAUCAGGAAUGACUUCAUUGAAGAAGCACAAUGAUAAAUCAGCAUUCUCUGGAAAAUCCAUACUUUAUCUUAACCGGCAUCAAACUGAAGAGUGGAAAGGAUGGAUGCAGGUCCUAUUCUUAAUGUACCAUUACUUUGCUGCAACAGAGAUUUACAAUGCAAUACGUGUCUUUAUUGCUGCAUAUGUUUGGAUGACUGGAUUUGGCAAUUUCUCUUAUUAUUACAUUAAAAAGGAUUUUAGCAUUGCACGCUUUGCUCAGGUAAUAUUUAGUGAUACUGAUCCUUAUAUUUGCUCAACAACAUUUUCUGAACUUAAUACAUAUGAGGGACAAAAUGGUCUUAAUGUUUAUCAUUUGGUGCAGAUGAUGUGGCGGCUCAAUUUCUUUGUGGCAUUUUGCUGUAUUGUUCUUAACAACGAUUAUAUGCUGUAUUACAUCUGCCCAAUGCACACGCUAUUCACUCUAAUGGUGUAUGGGGCCCUUGGUAUAUUUAAUAAGUAUAACGAGAGUGGCUCAGUGAUGACUGUAAAGAUUCUUUCAUGCUUUCUUGUGGUUAUCUUGGUUUGGGAAAUACCUGGAGUUUUUGAUAUUCUCUGGAGUCCUUUCCUAUACUUGUUAGGUUAUACUGAUCCUGCAAAGCCAGAUAUCCCUCGAAUGCACGAGUGGCAUUUCAGAUCUGGACUUGAUCGCUAUAUUUGGAUCAUUGGAAUGAUAUAUGCAUAUUUCCACCCAAAUGUAGAGAAAUGGAUGGAGAAAUUGGAGGAAUCUGAAACCAAGAAGAAACUUUCAAUUAAAACUGGAAUUGUGUCCGUCUCUUUAGUGGUUGGUUAUUUGUGGUAUGAAUACAUUUACAAGCUGGACAAGGUUGCAUACAACCAGUACCACCCCUACACAUCGUGGAUUCCCAUCACUGUUUACAUUUGCUUAAGGAACUUCACUCAGCAGCUACGGAGUUUCUCUUUGACUCUCUUUGCUUGGCUGGGCAAGAUAACUUUGGAGACCUAUAUUUCACAGUUCCACAUCUGGCUGAGAUCAAACGUUCCCAAUGGACAGCCCAAGUGGCUUCUUUCCAUUAUACCAGAAUAUCCAUUGUUGAAUUUCAUGCUCACAAGUGCCAUCUAUGUCCUAGUAUCUCUUCGGCUUUUUGAAUUAACCAACACACUGAAGGCUGUUUUUAUACCCACAAAAGACAAUCGGCGGCUUUUUUAUAAUUUUGUUGCGGGGGCUGCCAUUUGUCUGUCGCUAUAUUUUGUCUCACUCAUAAUUCUUCAGAUCCCUCAUUCUUCCGCCUGACAAAUGAAGACUAAAAAAAGAAUACACAUACGAGUUUUUCUGUGGCGCGUUCAAAGAGAAGUGAGAAGUGAAAUAACGGAACUUGGAAACUGUUGCUAGCAGAUCUAGGUAAAGACGAUAGUUCUCAACAAACCUAAUGGAGAAAUGCUCUCUGAUGACACGCCGUAGCUGAAGUCACAUACUGGAUUUGCCUUGGGAAUCAGGCAUUAGGCAGGCAGGCAGGCAGGAAAAUGACAAGGAAAGGGAUUGUUUUCUUCUUCUUUUUCCCUUUUUUUUCUGGAUAUAUUGCAAAUCACGUAUAUUCCUUUUGUUGUCAUAUUUUUUGUUCUUUUUUUUAACACCCUUUUCCCAUUUUGUGCCAUCUAUGAAAGAAGUUGUAGGUUACUGUGACAUAGAUUUGUUGUUUGUCAUCAAACCGAUUUAAGAUUCAAUAUCAGUGCAAUUUUAUUGGAA